AGACUGGAGAAGAUGGAUCCCUACAAAGCUCUAGAGUACUUGAACAAGGACAAAUCAUCAUCAUCAUCAUCAUCUUCAUGUAAUCAUUCUUUAGAGGUUCCAAAAAGCCCUCAUGAAGCCAUGGAAUUCUUAUCUCGUUCAUGGAGCCCAUCUGCCUCUGACUUCUUUCAGAUAUUCUCAACAGAUAGUGUAUCCUUACCUCUUCAUGAAAAUGGCAACAAGGUAGAAGAGCAGAGACAUGAUGAGAUGACAGAAAUAGGAGGAACAAAAAGAGCUUCAGCUCAAAGCAACAAAGAUACUAUGAAUAGAGUGGAAAGCAUAUGGAAAUGGCUUGCCUCUGGACGGACACUAUUUUGGGUACUUCAGAGGCAUACAUCACUGAAAAACAAUUGGAUGAACAUGCAAUACAUGAAGGGAUGGUUAAGGGGGCAUUCAUUACAUAGCUUCACCAAAGGACGUAGGCAUAAGAAAGUGGAGGAAAUCCGACUAGAGACAGCUAAAGUCCAUGCAGCUCUUUCGGUUGCAGAAUUAGCAGCCGCAGUUGCUGGCUUUGCUGCCAAAGGUGGUUUUGAAUUAGAAGAGAUAAAUGGAUUAAUGGGUAAUACUGAAGGUGGUGGAUCUUGGAACCAGAGAAUGGGUGUUGUCUUUGCUUCUGCUGCUGCAUUGGUGGCAACAGUAUGUGCUGAGGCUGCAGAGUCUGCAGGUGCCCACAGAACCCAUGUUGCGGCCGCCGUCAAUUCCGGCUUAGCCAUUACAAACUCUUCUGAUAUGAUCACACUCACAGCCACUGCUGCAACAUGUCUAAGGGGAGCUGCAACACUUAAAUCCAGACUAAAAGCUGAUACAUAUUUCUCAAAGGACCUUGAGAUGCUUGCUAAAGGGACUCAAUUAUCGAUGUGCACGCCAUCGGGGGACAUAAAAAUGAGAAUGUUCUGCAUCUACCUCAAACACAACAGGCUUGUAUUGAGAUCAGGAAAAAAGUAUCUUGGAGGAUUUCUAACAAGUUCCAAGGAGUAUAAGAUUAUCAAUUUGAUAAAGGAAACUAAGGAAGCUCAAGGUCUUCACCCUAUUAGACUUCUUACAAGCGUGGGUAAGAUUGUGUUGUUGUUCGAAGAUGAGAAGCAAUGUAAUAUCUGGAAAUCAACUAUCUCACACCUCUUACAAAAUCAAAGCUCAUAUUCUGCAAUAACAGAUAUUGCAACGCGAAGAGAUAAUUGAAGCCGUUCUUGGGAUUUCUUUUUUCUUUCUACUGUAAGAUAAAUAAACUGCAUACAUUUGCUAGUUGCAUAGGUUGUGACAUGA